AUGAAAACAAAAAUAGAAUUAAAAUUUUUGGGUGGCUUAGAAAGUUAUUUAGCAAACAAGUCAAAAAACCAUGUAUCAUUUGAAAUAGAAUCUGAAGAAUUUAAUUUUGAAAAUUUAAUAGCAUAUGUGAGAAAUAAUAUAAUAGUAGAAAGAAAGGAUGUUUUUUCUGAUUAUGUAACUACAAAUAAUGAUACAAAAAUGUGCAAAGUGUUAGUUGACAAUACUGAAUAUUCUAAUUUUAAUUUAAAUGAUAAAGCAAAAAUAAAACCGGGGAUUAUUGUUUUAGUUAAUGAAUAUGAUUGGGAGAUUUUAGAUACCUAUUCUUACAAAAUUCAGAAUAAUGAUAAAAUAUGCUUUUUAUCAACAUUGCAUGGUGGUUAG